UAUAUAGUAAAAAAUAAAAAAACAAAAUAAAAAACCUUGGCCCCCUAGACCACGGGGUAGUUCCGCCCCUUUGUUAAGAGCAAUUCGUCAUUAAUGAGGUACCUCAUAGAGAACUUGAGAGAGAAAAAAGUGCUAACCCUGCUCUGUUUAUCAAGGUAAAUCUAAUGUAGGACAUGCAUAUUAGUAGCAGAGCCGAAUAGGCAGUUUGUCUGUGAUGGCUAAGUUAAACUUUUGCCUUAGUAUCUUUGUUUUCUGCAUAAGUCUUUUCAAUAUCCAAACAAAAUGCUUUGAUGAACGUCCUUGGCUUUACAAACACCACGCAGCCUUAUUCAUAUUUGGGGAUUCAUUGUUUGAUGCUGGGAAUAACAACUACAUCAACGCUACUAUUGGCAAGGCUAACUUUUGGCCAUAUGGUGAAACCUUCUUUCACCACCCAACUGGCAGAUUCUGCGAUGGCCGUCUAGUGCCAGAUUUCAUUGCUGAGUAUGCAAAGUUGCCGUUCAUUCCACCAUAUCUACAGCCCGGUAACAAGCUAUUUAUAUAUGGGGUGAACUUUGCAUCAGGAGGAGCUGGCGCUCUUGUUGAAACUGGGAAAGGAUCGGUGAUAGACCUUCAAACUCAACUUGGUUAUUUCAAGAAUGUUAGCAGGGUAUUAAGGGAGGAACUAGGAGAUGCAAAAGCCGAAGCUUUGCUGUCAAGGGCUGUUUACUUGUUUAGUGUUGGAACCAAUGACUACGCAUUCCCUUUUGAGACAAACUCCAGUGUCCUUUACACCUAUUCUGUUGAACAAUACGUAGGGCAGGUGAUAGGUAACAUAACCCAAGUCAUCAAAGAAAUAUAUGAGGUUGGAGGAAGAAAAUUUGGGUUUCCAAAUCUUGGUCCUAUAGAGUGUGCGCCAUUCUCAAGGACAAUGGUGCCUGCAGGGGAAAACAAGUGCUUUGAACCAUUUACACCAUAUGUAGAACUCCACAAUAUAGAGAUUUCCAAGCUUUUCCAAGAGCUGCAAAGCGAUCUAAAGGGAGUCAAAUAUUCAAUUCUUGACUUUCGUGCAGUUGGACAAGAUCUUAUAAAUUACCCUUCUAAAUAUGGUUUCAAGGAAGGGAAGGUAGCAUGCUGUGGCAGCGGACCCUACAGAGGAAUUUUGAGCUGUGGAGGAAGGAGAGGUGUGAGAGAGUUUUACCUAUGUGACAACGUCAGCGAUUAUGUGUUCUUUGACUCUGGUCAUCCCACAGAGAGGACUAACGAGAUAUUGGCCCAUCUUGCUUGGAGUGGAGGGCCCAAUGUCACUGGACCUUGCAAUCUUGCAGCUCUUUUUGAGUUUUAGUUUGAUUUCCAUAAGACAAUGCUCAUACGUAACUCUCACAUAUAACCACCUACCUACUAAAUUGUUAUCUGUAUUCAGAUGGUCUCAUUUCUACUUAAUCACUUAUAAUUAUUAUAAGUGAUUAUAGAGACUGGUCAUAAGAAAAAAAAACAAAAAUCACUUAUAAUUAGAUCUUCCAUUGCACUCAGCAAUGGGCCACUCGGCCUGUGUAUUCAUGAAUCGGGAGUGGUUAUUGCCCGUCAACCACGGUUUUGCUGGUGGCGGU